GCAUUGCGGCACACGCAGCCAAUGGGAAGAAGGCGCGGGCGUGGCAGGACGCCAGCUGCCGGCGUGCGCCGCGGCACGUGCAGCCACUGGAAAGAGGGCGUGGGGCACGAUAGGACUACAACUCCCGGCAUGCAUGCGGCUAACUGGGUGAGGGCGUGGCAGCACUACGACUCUCGGCAUGCAUUGUGGUUAAGUGGGGCCGGGGGGUGACAGGACUACAGCUCCCAGCACGCAUUGCGGCCGCACAGCCAAUGGGAAGCGGCGGGGGCGUGACUCGGCGCUAGCUCCCGGCGUGCCUCGCGGCCCCGCAGCCAUUGUGGCGGGCGGUGGGCAGGGAGGGAGGUGUAUGUUUCGCGCGGUGCAGCCGCGAUGCCCGAGUGCCCGGAGCUGCACCUCGCCGGUCGCUACAUCAACGCUCGGUGCAGCGAGCUGCUCUUCUCGGGCUCCGUGUCGCGCUCGGCGGUCGCCCGCGGCCCCGCGGUGCCGUUCAGCAGCGAGGCGUUCGCCGUGCGCGCCGUGGCGCGGGGCAAGGAGCUGCGGCUCACGCUGGCACCGAACGGCCUCAACGACGACGACGCCCUGCACCUCGUGUUCCGUUUCGGCAUGACAGGCUCGUUCCGGCUGUGCCCCGCCGCCAGCACCCCCCGCCAUGCCCACCUCGUCCUGCGCACCCGGGAGGUCCCGCCCCGCGCCCUCUGCUUCGUCGAUCCACGCCGCUUCGGGUCGUGGCGGCUCGGCCCGCAGUGGCAACCCGGCCGCGGGCCGUGCGUGAUCACCGAGUACCGGGACUUCAGGGAGAAUGUGCUGAAGAACUUGGACGACAAGGCUUUUGACAAGCCCAUCUGCGAGGCCCUCUUGAACCAGAAGUUUUUCAAUGGGAUUGGGAAUUAUCUCCGUGCUGAGAUCCUGUACAGGUUGAAGAUCCCUCCCUUCGAAAAGGCUCGGACUGUGCUGGAGGCCCUGAAGGAUCAGGAGCAGGCGCAGAGGACGAAGAAUGCCUCCCUAACACUGAGCAAGAAGCUGAAGCUGAAGCGGGACAACCUGGAUCUCCUGGAGCUGUGCCACACCGUGCCCAUGGAGGUCAUCGCGAUGGAGAAAAACUUCCUUGAGCCGGAUCACUUGGAUAACUACGCUGCUUUCAAGAACUGGCUGCAGUGUUACAUGGUGCCUGGCAUGAACUCCCUGCGUGACCACAACGGCAGGACCAUAUGGUUCCAGGGAGAGCCUGGUUCCAUGGCUCCCAAAGGGCAGACAUCCCGCAAGAAGCGCACUCAGACGAAGGCAGAUCCGAAGGCAGAUCCUGAGGUGCUGAAGGCAGGUCCUGAGGCACUGACCCCCAAGGUCACCACGCGUGCCUCGAAACGGCGCUCCAGGGCUGCAGCGAAACCCCCAACGCCAGUCAUAGAGGAGGAGGCUGAAGGGCCGAGGAAGGGACGUGCUCGUGGGAGGAGGAAGGUGACUGCUGCUCCAGCCUCAUCUGAGACUGAGGUGCCGGUCAAUGUCAAAAGAACCCGCCGGACAACUGCCCGCAGAGGUGAGGUUGGCAGUCCCUGUGGCUUUCAAACACAAUGCAAGGGCUGUGGGAGUGCUUCCUUAUGUCAGGGGGACGCUAAAGGGCAGGAGAGGAGCCAGUAGGGCCUCACAGGGUGGAAUUGGGCACCUCCUCACCCUCUGACUUCUUGUUUCUCUCUUCAUCUUCCAGGAGCGGCCUCUGCCGUGAGCGUGCCAUGAGCUGCCCUCCUCCCAAGGGGCACUUUAACAUCUUGGGGAGGAUGCCUGGGUCAGUACUGGGGAGAAACAGGGCUGCUCUGUGUCUGUGCUCACGCCCACUUGCUACUGCUGCAUUCGGGGAAGGAAAAGCUGGACUUGGUGAUGGGGCUGGUUUAUCCAGCAUCCCUCUGCUGUCCCCAGGUACUUGAGGGGGGAUAAGCUGGACUGUGACCUCUCCCUUCUCCUCUCCCCUUUCUGGCUGUUGCCUAGAUCACUCUUUUUAGCUGACUAAUAAAGUAUUUUGUGUAGAAAUUGCUGUGCACACUUUUCUGUGCUACGGAUAACGCUGCUGCACCCUAUCCUCUCCCCUAGAUGGGCUGGAGCGGGCUUCCCCUCCACCUUGUUCCUCA